AUGUCCAGUCUAAAGAGAUCGCUCGACUCGGAUCCCUUCGCGGCCAACAUCUCCAGCAAGAUUUACGUGAGGUCGACAAAGAGCGGCAAGGUCCAAAAGAUUGUUCGAGAGGUUUAUCUCCGCCAAGACAUUCCCUGCUCGUCCAGACUGUGUCGCAUCUGCCUCAAAACAGCACCCAAAGAUGCAGCAGGCCGACCCGUACCGUUUGUCCUCUCCGAUGCGCCUGCCGGCACCAGCACCUUCCCACAGGGCCACUACCUGGUGCCCGACACCAACGCCUUCUUGAGUGCCAUGGACCUUUUCGAACAGAGUUCUGCCUUUUAUGAUGUCGUUGUGUUACAAAUCGUCCUGGAAGAGUUGCGGAAUCGUUCCCUACCUCUGUACAACCGCCUCAUCAGCUUGACCAAGAGCGAGGACAAGCGCUUCUAUGUCUUCUUCAACGAGUUCCGGUUGGAAACCCACGUCGCUCGCCGGGACGGCGAAUCGGUCAACGAUCGCAAUGACCGCGCCGUCCGGAGGGCUGUCGCCUGGUACGGCGAGCACCUGGCCCGGUCCGGCGCAAACAAGGUUCCCGCCGUGGUUAUGCUAACAAACGACCGGGACAACCUGCGGAAGGCAAAGCAGGAGGGCAUCCACGCCUGUUCCCUCGCUGACUACGUCAGGCAGCUCAAGGAUAGUGAGCGACUUUUGGAUAUGAUUCCCGAGAUGGAAGACCGCGAAGACGUCAAGGAGAAGCGCCCCGGCGAGAACCUUUACCCCGAAUAUUUCACCAUGUCUAGAAUGAUGACUGGCGUAAAGAACGGUUUGCUCCAUCAGGGGAUAUUCAACGUUUCUCCGUACAACUACCUGGAAGGAUCAAUCAGAGUGCCGGCUUUCCCCAAGGCGUUGCUCAUCCUAGGUAGAGAGAAUAUCAAUCGUGCCAUCGACGGCGACCUGGUUGUCGUAGAGGUGCUCCCAAAAGACCAGUGGAAAGAACCCUCAACUCAGGUGAUUGAGGAGGACGCCAUCACAAAGAACGAGAACCCUGACGCCGAAGAGACCGAAGACUUUGUGUCUGAAAAAGAACGCAAGGCGCUUCAAGAAGAGGUCAAGCGGACUCACAGCAAAACUACCGAAGGCCAUGCUCAGCCCACUGCCAAGGUGGUUGGCGUGGUAAAGCGGAAUUGGCGUCAGUACGUUGGCCACAUCGACCAGUCAUCAGUCAGCCAGUCGGCGCAACAGGGACGAAAGCAAGACACCGUUUUUGUUAUCCCCAUGGACAAGAAGAUACCCAAAAUCCGCCUACGCACCCGCCAAGUGGCCGAGCUUGUCGGAAAGCGGAUCCUCGUCACCAUCGAUGCUUGGGAGCGCAGUUCUCGCCAUCCCGUUGGUCAUUUUGUUCGGUCGCUGGGCGAGCUCGAAACCAAGGCUGCCGAGACGGAAGCCUUGCUUCUCGAAUACGAUGUCCAAUACCGCCCGUUUCCCAAGACGGUUCUUGACUGUCUGCCAAAGGAAGGCCACGACUGGAGGGUACCACAGAGCAAGGACGAUCCCGGGUGGAGGGACCGCGAGGACCUCCGUGAUCUUCUCAUCUGCAGUAUCGACCCCAUCGGCUGCCAGGAUAUUGACGAUGCUCUCCAUUCCCGCCCUCUCCCAAAUGGCAACUUUGAGGUUGGUGUUCACAUCGCCGAUGUGUCUCAUUUCGUUAGGCCCAACAACGCCAUGGACGCCGAGGCUAGCAUUCGCGGUACGACCGUCUAUUUGGUCGACAAACGCAUUGACAUGCUUCCAAUGCUACUGGGCACCGAUCUGUGCUCUCUGAAGCCCUAUGUUGAACGCUAUGCGUUCUCGGUCAUCUGGGAGCUGUCUCCUGAUGCCGACAUUGUGAAUGUGAGAUUUACAAAGUCGGUCAUCAAGUCUCGAGAAGCAUUCAGCUAUGAGCAAGCACAGCUUAGAAUCGAUGAUGAUUCUCAGCAGGAUGAUCUGACAAAGAGCAUCCGAACCCUGCUCGUCCUGUCCAAGAAACUGAAACAGAAGCGGCUGGAUGCGGGUGCCCUGAGCCUGUCGUCGCCCGAGGUCAAGGUCCAGAUGGAGUCGGAGACCUCGGAUCCAAUCGACGUAAAGACCAAGGAGCUGCUCGAUACCAUGUCGCUCGUUGAGGAAUUCAUGCUCCUCGCCAAUUCGAGCGUGGCCCGUAAGAUCUACGAGGCCUUCCCGCAGACGGCUAUAUUACGACGACACGGUGCUCCGCCAAAGACCAACUUUGACGAGCUUGCGAACCAGUUGAAGGUGAAGAGGGGCCUCGAUCUGAGCGUGGAGUCCUCACGCGCCCUUGCCGAUAGCCUCGACAAGUGCGUCGAUCCCAAGGAGCCCUUCUUCAACACCCUUGUCCGCAUCAUGGCCACCCGCUGCAUGAUGGCGGCCGAAUACUUCUGCUCGGGCACGCAAGCCUACCCGGAGUUCCGCCACUACGGCCUGGCCAGCGAGAUCUACACGCACUUCACGUCCCCGAUCCGGCGCUACGCCGACUUGGUAGCCCACCGCCAGCUGGCAGCGGCCAUUGAGUACGAGGCCGUCGACCCGAGCGUGCGCAGCCGCGGUCGGCUUGAGGCCGUGUGCAAGAACAUCAAUGUGCGCCACCGCAAUGCCCAGCUGGCCGGGCGCGCCAGCAUCGCCUACUAUGUCGGACAGGCCAUCCGCGGCAAGGCCACCGAGGCAGACGGCUUCGUCAUGAAGAUCUUCAGCAACGGCUUCGUCGUGCUCGUGCCGCGCUUCGGCAUCGAGAGCCUCAUCCGGCUGCGCGACCUCGCCGAGCCCGAGCCGCAGGCCACGUACGACGCCGAGACGUACACGCUGACGACGAGCGGCAGCAGAGAGGUCACGGUCGAGCUGUUCCAGAAGGUGCGCGUUCGCGUCUCGGACCAAAAGGAUGAGACUACGGGGAAGCGGGGCGUCAAGAUGGAGCUUGUGACUGUGUAUUGA